CGCACAUUUACUGUCGGAACUUAACAGCGUGACAUCCAGCGGAAGUAAACAACACAAGCGCUAGAAGCGUUAGCUACAUGCAUAUAGUGAAUUAACAAGAGGAUGACAUUGUUGUUGAAGUUUUUAAUGAAGACAGGAUGUCUGCGACAAACUGUAGCUGCUGAAGAAAUAUUCAGAGUUUUUUGAAAAGCUGUCGUCGAGUACGAGGAAGAGAUCGACCGUCAGCGCAGACUGCUGGAUGUCAUCUGAAAACCUGAAAUAAUUACACAGGAUGGAGCUCCAGCAGCAACAAGUCUUUAAGGAGGAGGAGGUUCUCUCUGACCAGCAGAUCUGUGACCAGGAGAGGAACUACAGCCUGGACCAAGAGGACCCAGCAGAGCCUCCACAGAUUAAAGAGGAACAGGAGGAACUCUGCGCCACUCAGGAGGGAGAGCUGCUUGUAGUGAAGCUGGAGACCGAUACCUUUAUGUUGAUUCCUCCUUAUGAUGAAAGUGACAGUGAACCUGAAUCAGAAAGUGACCACCAGCUCCUCUCUGACAAUUCUCAUGUCGCUGAGAGUCAAGAUGAAGGCGAGCAUGGAGACUCAGGUUCAACUACAAAUACAGAGCCAGAACCAAAGAAAGGACAUCACAAAAGCAAAAGUCACAACAAUGUUUACAAACCUAACAGGUCAGAGAUUGACUACAAAACUCAGAUAGGUAAAAAUUCCUUCAAAUGUGACAUAUGUGGAGAAGCUUUCAAGGACGAGUCUGAAUUGAAUGUACACCUGAGCGUUCACACAGGUGAGAAACCAUAUUGUUGCAAAAUAUGCAUGAAAUGUUUUAAAUCGAAGGCUGGCAUGGAAAUCCACCUGAGAAUCCACACAGGUGAGAAGCCAUACCUUUGCAAGACCUGCGGGAAGAGAUUUGUCGUCAUGUCAGGAUUGAAAACACAUUUAAGGACCCACACCGGUGAGAAACCCUACUGCUGCAAAACAUGUGGGAAAUAUUUCUCACAAAGGAGUGCCUUGUCCGUCCACCAACGAAUCCACACAGGUGAGAAGCCAUACCUUUGCAUAACCUGCGGAAACAGAUUUCGUGACAAUGGGGCAUUGAAAAAUCAUAUGAGAAUCCACACAGGUGAGAAGCCGUAUUCUUGUGAGACAUGUGGGAAAGAUUUCCGACAAUGCAGUGACUUGAAAGUUCACAUGAAAAUCCACACCGAUGAGAAGCCGUAUUCUUGCAAAAUAUGUGGGAAAGAUUUCAAGAGUAAUAGAACCUUGCCAAUCCACAUGAGAAUCCACACAGAUGAGAAGCCGUAUUCUUGCAACAUAUGUGGAAAAGCCUUCCAUUUUGGCAGUGGCCUUAAAGCUCACAAGAGAACCCACACUGGUGGAAAGCAGUUUACUUUAGUAACAAUGUCGUCAGUUGAGUGUUUGAGAGAGUUUGUCAACGAGCGACUGACUGCUGCUGCUGAGGAAAUAUUCAGAGUUUUCAAAAAAGCUGUCGUCGAGUACGAGGAAGAGAUCGGCCGUCAGCGCAGACUGCUGGAUAUCGUUUGGAAGCCUGGAAUAAAGUACAACACAUUAGAGCUCCAGCAGCAACAUGUUCAUGAGGAGGAGGACAUUCUCACCAACCAGCAGCUCUGUGACCAGGAGUGGAACUCCAGUCUGGACCAAGAGGACCCAGAGCCUCCACAGAUUAAAGAGGAACAGGAGGAAGUCUGCACCAGUCAGGAGGAAGAGCAACUUGUAGUGAAACUGGAGGCUGAUACCUUUAUGUUGAUUCCUCCUUGUGAAGAAAAUGACGACCAGCUCCUCUCUGACAAUUCUCACGUAGCUGAGAGUCAAUAUCAGAAUGAAGACAAGCAUGGAGACUCAGGAUCAACUAGAGAAACGGAAUCGGAACCAAAGGAAAGACUUUACAAAAUCGGAAGUCCAAGUAGUAGUAUUUACAAACCUACCAGGACAGGGAUUCAGUGUAAUAUUCAGACAGGUAAGAAGCCUUUCAUAUGUGACAGUUGUGGGAAAGAGUGGAAGUCUAAGUCACAAUUAAAUGUUCACAUGAGAACCCACACAGGUGAGAAGCCAUACAUUUGCAAUACCUGCGGGAAGAGAUUCACUGUCAUUUCAGCCUUGAAAAGGCAUAUGAGAAUCCACACGGAUGAGAAACCAUAUUCUUGCAACACGUGUGGAAAAGAUUUCAGAAAUAGCAAUAACUUGUCAGUCCACAUGAGAACCCACACAGGUGAGAAGCCGUAUUCUUGCAACACGUGUGGAAAAGAUUUCCGAAUUGGCGGUGACUUGAAAGUUCACAUGAGAAUCCACACAGGUGAGAAGCCGUACCUUUGCAAGACCUGCAGAAAAAGAUUUAGUAUCCUGUCAGCAUUGAAAAGGCAUAUGAGAAUCCACACCGAUGAGAAGCCGUAUUCCUGUAAAACCUGUGGGAAAGAGUUCCGAUAUGGCAGUAACUUGAAUGAUCACAUGAGAGUCCACACAGAUGAGAUGCAGUUUACUUGCCAGUCAUGGGAGGGCUGCCAGGCUUAAUGGUGCCUUGAAGAUCAAGAAGAGCACACACUUCUGAGAAGCUGUUAAACUGCGACAACUGUGGGUAAAGAUACUUAGAAUGCGCUCCUAGAUGCACUUUCUGCAUCUGUGUGUGCCAGGGGUUCUUGUGAUGUAGAUCUUGUCAUCAAAUGCUGUAUGGAUCAGCUCUGUGCAGAUAGAAGUUAGGAGCUUCAUAAUUGCAGCAUCAGUGGACAAACUUUUCCUCAAAUUGCAUAGUUAAAAAUACGCCUGAGGAUCAAUAUACACAGGAGAAACGAUCGAGUGGAGAUGUGUUCACCUACUGAAUAAAAUACACUUUUGCAAUAGCUGCAUCUCUGUAAUAUAUACAAUUUCCUGUCGCAAAGAGGACAUAAUAUGUAAGUGUGUUAAAGUCGUACAUUUUCAACUAUACAAUGAGGUUUUGUUUAACGUUUAAAUUUCUUUCAUACACUACCUCAGUUAUGUGAGCGGACUGUUAACUCUGAAGUUGAAGCUGAGAGUCUUGAGACUAGAGUCUUCGCUUUUAUCUGCAACAUAUAAUUGAAUUUAGUAUUUUAAUGUGUUUUUCUACUGGUUAAACUUGAUGUACUUUUUGUUUUGUGGGACUUUAGAGUUGACAGACAAACACAUGUUGUAGAUGGUGUUCUAGGUGGAGUGCUGCUGUUACUUUUUCAUGUUUUGUACACUCAUAUAUUAUAUUUUCUUAUAUGCUUAAUGGAAAAUUUGUGCAAAGGUCCCAAAUAAAAGGAGCAAAAUGAUCAA